GGGCCGGGGUUAGUAGGGCGCGGAGGCAGGCGCGCGGCGGGCAGGCCUGGAGGGGGCGGAUCCGCGCGGGCCUCGCAGCCACCCGCCCUGCCUGAGGAGAGGGAGGUCACAGUGAGAAGCUGCAGCCUCCGCCGCCUCUUCUGCGAGGACUGAGCGCGGGCCUGCAGCCAUGUCCUACUGCCGGCAGGAAGGGAAGGAUCGAAUCAUAUUUGUGACCAAAGAAGACCACGAAACUCCAAGCAAUGCAGAACUGGUGGCUGAUGACCCCAAUGAUCCAUACGAGGAGCAUGGAUUGAUACUGCCAAGUGGAGACAUUAACUGGAACUGCCCAUGCCUUGGGGGAAUGGCCAGCGGCCCCUGUGGGCCCCAAUUCAAGUCUGCCUUUUCCUGCUUCUACUACAGCACAGAGGAUGUCAAGGGGUCAGACUGUGUAGACCAGUUUCGGGCCAUGCAGGAAUGCAUGCAGAAAUACCCCGACCUCUAUCCCCAAGAUGAUGAGGGGGAGGAAGAAGAGAAGAAGCCAGUAGAACGUAUAGAAGAAACGGCCCCCACUGAGUCUGCUACAACCAAAGAAGAGAAGGGGUCAAGUUAAUGAAGGCCACCAUGCACUGGGCUCCAGUCCUUCUACUCAGAGUGAAGUGGACCUCUGCAAAAUGCCUUUCAGUUACCCUCCAAGAAAGUGUCUUUCCCUCUGUUGUCCUAUGCACUGUAAUGUACAAAAUAACUUAUUUUGAUGAUCAGGGGUCUUGGCCUCUUGACAUGUACACUGAAGAAGCUGGGGGUGGUAUGUGUGUGUUUCCUACAUAAACCUGUCAGCAGAUGUCGCUGCUACUUUUGAAUUCUCUUUUCUCAGAUUACCCUGAAUUUCACCACUUUGAAAUAAUGGGCUGAGCAGUCCCAGCGACCAAAAAUCAUUACCCAGGAAUGUUGCUUGUAAGUGAGCUGAUUUAUUCUGAUUCGUUAUAUCCCUUUCAGUAGAUUAAAAAAAAAAAAAUUACCCUUUUAGUAGAUUGUAUACCCCUUUGGGAAAUGAAAUAGAAACAAAAACAUCUGCUUUUUAAAAAUGCUGGACUGGGGCCAUUUUUACUAGAAGAGGUCAGAUACAUAUUCCUCAAAAUUCACUUUGACCUUGAGUAUACGAGGAGGUACAGUACUUCAUUCCUGAUACAUUUUGACUUCUGUGUUGGUGUUGAGCUCCAGGUUUUGUGUUUGGACAGGAGAUUUGGACCCUCCCAUCCAAAUCCCCUUCUAAGUGAAGGGAAAGGCUGGUUUUUGCUGUUUCUUGCUAUUCUGAAACCCCUGGCCCAUCUUUACAGUGGCUCUAGUCUAGCCAGGUGCAACGUUCUUGAGAGGUGGGGACCUGAUAGUCACCAGAAUAGCAGCCAAGAGAGGAAACAGUGUGAAUUAAGUACUCAAUUAAAAGGAAACAUGAUUUUUACCUGA